AUGUCCGCCAAGUCGGUCGCCCUGUGGAAUGCAUUACCAAUGCAGCCCAACGAAGAGUCGCAUGCUAUCCUGAAGCGCUCAAGAGAUGACUACGAGGCCUCCCACGACGACGACGACGACGACGUUUCCAUCGCAUCUCGCACACCUUCACCCUCACCAGGGGACGCCAUGGAUGUAGACCUGGCUUCGUCAUAUAAAUAUGACGAGUAUGUACGCGGGCCCGCUCGGGAGGUUAUUACCGUUGAAACGAAGAUCAAAUCCACAAAUAAAGGCUUUGCCAUGCUUGCAAGUAUGGGAUGGACAGAAGGCCAACCCCUGGGAUUAUCUGGUGAAGGCCGCACGGAACCAAUUCCGUUUCAAGUGAAGAACGACUCAACGGGGCUUGGUAAAAUUAACCAAGACGUUCGCAUGAUUGAGACGACAGUUUCCCAGCGGCGGGGCUUAGACUCCGAGCGCCAGCACAAGGAAAGCGAAGAGCAGCGGCGGAUUCGAGAGGAAGCAGUAGCUAAAGAAACCGCCCGCAGUGUUGAAAUUUCUGACACGCUGAAGGCAUUCUAUUGCAGCCUCUGCGACAAGCAGUUCAAGAAUGUAGCUCAAUACGACGAGCAUACUAACUCCUAUGCCCAUCAUCACAAGGCCCGCUAUAGGGACAUGCAAGCCAAUGCUCGCAUUAUUCCCAAGGAAGAACUCGACCGGAGAAAGGAGAAGGAACGUAAACGAGAAGAGAAGGAGUUACGAAAGAUGGCCGCCGCCAUUGGGAUCAAGAUGUCGAAGCCUGCUGAAGGUGGUCUGUUAGCAGUACCUACUCCCGGUGACUCCAUCUCCAAUGGUGAAUCGUCCCCCUCAGUUCCAGAACAAAAGCCAACAGGCUUCAAAAAGUCUGGAUGGGCCACCGUUUCUUCCCCCGCCGCGCCCACGUCUGGCUUCUCCAGGGGGAGUGGGAACCCGCCCGCUGAACCCGCCCAUCUACAGCAACCCUCGGGUAGCUGGACGAAGGUACCGGCACCUCCCCCGCAACCGUCCACGUACGAAAGCCCCCAUUUCCGAACUGGCGGCUGGAGUUCGCUCGAUCCUGGACCACAAAAUAUACCGAGACCACCACCAACAACAGAUGAUACUCCUAUACCCCCUCAGCCUCAACCGCCGACCUCAGCACCAGCAGCCCCUACGAAAGACACCCGAUCUAGCUGGCAACAGUUCCAGAAGUUUGGCAAGGCCCGACGAUAG